AUGAAAUCGUUCGCCACCAUUUGCCUCCUUCUCGCGGUCUUUUGCGCCGUCCAGGCUGGCCCGUUGGAUCAAUUGAGACAAGGGAUUCAAAAUUCCAAAAAUCAAGUUAAUUCGAUCACGUCGGACCUGAGACGUUUCCAAAGUAAUCUGGAUCGUACGACGAAAAACCAACUGAGCAACUAUAAGCUUCAGAGCAUGACGAACAUAAAUAACAUUGUGAACCCAGCACUAAGUGAUAUUCGUGCCAAAGUGGACGCUGCCAAUGCCGCAGGAAAGGACGCCGAACACUGUUACACUGAUGCUAAAGCUAACCUCAGGACUGCAAGCCAGACAGGGUUCUCAGAACUGAACAGAUGCGAACAAAACGCGUUGCAAAGUCUUCAGCCACAAUUUAACGCUCUCGACACGGCGGAAGCGACUGGAAAUAAAUAUAUCACGGAGCUGGACGCUGUCUUCCUCAAUUGUUAUUCGUCGGAUAUAUUCGCAAUGCAAACUUGCAUCGCCUUAAAGUUGGGAAACAUCAACCAAUCCAUUAGAGCGUACGAAAGUACGAUCAACUCGAUGAAAAACGAUGUACAAAAUGCCGCGAACAGGGCUGUCUUAGCGGCUAACUCUUGCAAUAUGGACGUUGUUUCGACAGUCCGUUCCAGUGGUACCGAUGUGAGGAUAACGGCGAACAGAUGCACUAGCAACUAA